AUGGUGGAACACGUGAUCAAACUAUCCGAAGCCGUAGACGUUAGCGACUCGGAAGUCAGCUCGCUUUGCAGCAGUGAGAUAGAGUUAGAAAUGGCCUGGGGCGAGGGACCGAUUGCGCCAUUACGUACCGAAGUGUCACUUGGCGACAGUCCUACCAAAAAGAGUCUAACCGCUGGUAUGGCGCGCUCCGACAGCAAUGGCAACGGCUCUAGCCGUGCACGUACGCCUCAAAAGCGCUCCAGCAAUUCGCCACUUGAGCGUAGCAAGCGUUUGAUUAAUAUUCAUCCGAUUUGCUCGCCUAGCUACCUAAUUAAGCCCAAUAUUUUACCACUUGGCGUACGUAAGCAACAACGAUGGUUCAACGAUCAUCAUUUUGGCAACCGAGCUGCGUCUACGCGAUUAGAAGACUUACUGGAGCACUUGGACAUAAAUGUCGAAUGGAAAUCAAACUUUAAAAAGCUAGCCGAGCCGCAGAACGAAAGCUUGCAGAAAAAAUUUCUCAACGGGGGAGGCGCUUACGAGAGUAUUCAGUCUCAUGCACCAUGGAAUCGUCGUUACGACGAAUGGAAUGAUGCCGAGCAAAUGUUUACCCGUGUUGACCGCCGUGCACGAACAUUAAUGCUGCGGUCAUUUAAUUCUUUCGCACCAUUUAUAGAAGCAGUGGAAUAUGUUGUCUUGCAUUUUAUCCAGUGGCGAGAAGUUCCAUCAGAGCUUGAAGUUGCUGCGCCACUAACUCGCAUGUUAAAGCACCCAAUUGAGUUAAUUCAAGCAAGUGAAAACGACGUUCGGUUAAUACUCCCUUUGUUGGACUCGGCCUUUCACCGAUUGAUUGUUCACAGCGUCUGUCAAUUUUACGGCGUGCGAUCACGAACUGAGUCAACUUGCCGCUUGAACACAAAAAUCAUGAUUUUGAAGAGUCCGAGAAAAUUUUGUCCGGUGACCAAUGUGUGUUCGUUGUGCGAGUUUAUUCGCGAGACACGCAUCGCCAGGCGUCACGUCGGCGCAGUUUCAGUCAAGAAGAGUGUCGACAAAAACCAUAUGUUGGAGUUGCAGUCGAUAAGCAGUGAGUGUAGUGAAGGCUUUUUAAUGGUGGAUGCCCCGCGAAUGUAA